GAAAGGUUUAAAAAAAAAAUGUCCUCGAAUAAUGAUGAUAAUGAUAUUAUGGUGUGCUGCCCGGCGUGCAACCAAUAUGUUGAUAUUUCGGAAAUUAAUGAACAUAUGGAUAAUAAGUGUACGAAACUUGAAAAAACUGAAGUAGAAAAUCAAAAAUCUUCAAAGAAUACUCCACCAAGCAAAGCUCCUCCUAAAAAGAUAGUUAUCACAGCAAAGAAUGAUUUCUUUACUGCUAAAUCUGAAGCAUCAUCAAAUCCUUCACAAAAAAGUCAAUUGCCUUUGUCCAUUAAACGCGAAAAAAGACCUUUAAUUUCUUCAUCAAGUAGUAGUCGACCGAGCAAACAAAUCAAAACAAAAGCUGAUACGAUGCCAUUGGCAGCGAGGGUUCGACCGAGUAGUUUUGAAGAGUUUAUAGGACAAAAAGAAAUCGUUGGUAAUAAUGGAUGGUUAAAAGAAUUAAUCCUGCGUGACAAAAUACCUUCGAUGAUAAUGUGGGGACCGAGCGGUGUGGGAAAGACCACUCUUGCAAAAAUAAUGGCAAAAUUAACGAAAUCGAUCUUUAAAGAAUAUUCCGGAAUCACACACGCUACCGCCGACAUAAAGAAAGCAUUCGAUGUAGCGAGAAAUGAGGCAGCACUGACAGGACGGCGUACUAUCAUUUUUCUGGAUGAGAUACAUCGAUUUAAUAAGGCACAACAAGAUUUAUUUCUUCCAUAUGUCGAGUCCGGAGGUGUCACACUCAUAGGUGCUACCACAGAAAAUCCCUCCUUUAAGAUUAAUUCAUCACUUCUCAGUCGAUGUAAGGUUUUCACUUUAAAUAAGUUGACAAUUGAUGAAGUACAAGAGAUCUUAAAAAGAGCAUUAGAUAAAAUUCGAAAACAAAAUAUUCCAAAUGUUCAAAGUGAAGAAUCAAGUACGACUUUAUCUGAAAAUGAGGAUGAUAUUAAAGUGGAUGAAGAUGCGUUAAAAUAUUUGGCAGUUAUGAGCGAUGGCGAUGCUCGGAUUGCACUUAAUGCAUUAGAAAUUGCUUUGAAUAUGAAAUCAAAAAAACAUAUUACCAAGGAUGAUAUUGAACAAGUUAUCCAGAAAUCUCUACUCUAUGAUAAAGAUGGCGAAGAACACUAUAAUAUAAUUAGCGCAUUGCAUAAAAGUAUGCGUGGAAGUGAUGCAAAUGCAAGUUUGUACUGGCUAGGACGAAUGCUAACCGGAGGAGAAGAUCCUUUAUAUAUAGCCAGAAGACUGAUUGUAUUUGCAUCAGAAGAUGUCGGUCUUGCUGAUAAUAGUGCAUUACCCUUGGCAAUUGCAACAUAUCAAGCCUGUCAAUUUAUUGGAAUGCCAGAAUGUGAAAUUAAUUUAGCGCACUGCGUAACAUAUUUAGCGGAGGCAAAAAAGAGUGUUAGAUCAUAUAAAGCGUAUGGUUUGGUUAAGGAAACAAUUAAAGAAGAAUAUAACUACCCCGUACCGCAUCACAUGAGAAACGCUCCAACUAAUUUAAUGAAAAAUCUUGGAUAUAGUGCAGGAUAUAAAUAUAAUCCAGAUUUUGAAGGAUCUGUGCAUCAAGAAUAUUUGCCUAAAGAACUUAAAAGAAAAGAAUUUUUGGAUGUUUUUAGUCCAAAAAAAGUAGAUCCCGAAACGAAAUAUAGAGAAAGCAUAAAGAGUGAACCGGGAGAACAAAGAAUUAAGACUGUGCCACAAAUGGAACAAAAUGUAAGUACGGAAAUUUAUGAAGAGAUUGAUUUUCAUUAUCCAUUUAGUGGAACACAUAGUCAUGAUAUUACCGAUAAUCAGUAAUACCUGGGUAAGAUUUUGGCUUGUAUAUAUGUAUAUAGUUCAUAUGAGAAUAUAAUUUGAUUAAUAAUAAACAAUGGAUUUUUAUAAACA